GAUGUGAUUGCUUCUGAUUGGCAGGAGCGCAGAAUAGAACCGGGUCCUGAGACAGAUGAGCCGUCUAAUAGGCCUGUCCAAUCUAUCAUCGAUGGAUGGACUGCCAACUCCGAGGAGACGUUUCAGUGGGAUUCCAGCAGAUGGAUUAAAAAAACGCCUUUUCUUCUGCGUGUCAGCCACACUGGAUAAUAGCCAGGAGAAAGACGCCCUCUUCUUGCGCAGCCGGGAUGUGCAGGAAGGUUGACUCCGGCAGGAACAGGCAGGAAUCUGUGCGCCUCACAUGCUCGCAGGGUCUCCUCCUUCUCCUUCGCUCCUCUCAGCCAAUCUGCGCGCGAUGACGCUGCGCAAAGGCAGGAUCUAAGCUCGCCUUCAUCAUCUUAUUUAACACACCCACCCUGAUUCCCACAUGCUACAAGGGACUCAUUCUCCUGAUCCAGCUGUAGUCCUGGAGGUGGCCCGGCCCUGCUGCUACCUGCGCAGAUCUCUCUUUUGGCACGCCUACGGGGUGGUUUUUUCCUCGCAAAUUGCUCGCCUUUGGAUCGCUGCGGGAAAUGAGAAAUGACGCUUUUUGGGAGUUCCCCUUCAGACAGUGAAAUGUGAAGAGCCGCACGUCUUCGUUACAGACCCCCCACCACCCUUCUGUCCCGGUUAAAGCGCCCCCCUCCUCCUCGUCCUCUCUGGAACACGCCGGAACGGUGAAGACCCAAUGCGCGCUGUCAGAUGUGUUGGGAACGCGCGUUCUGAGGAUCGGACUCUCCACGUCCCGCAGCCACUUUUCCGCGCGAGACUUAUUUCACGCUCCAGCGGCGUGAAGAGAAUGAGGCUUGCGCAGGUCGGCCGAACCGACUCGACCUGUUCUACCUGGAGUCGUGCGGCGGUUGUGUUUGCGCCUCUGAGAACUCCGAAGAGCCGCGGAUCACGCAGGACCACGGCUGAACGCUGACUCCUUUACGCAAGACGGCCAGCGAAGAUGUCUCCUACGUGUUCAACGUAUAUCUCAUUAGAUUGGCGUCCAGUCUGAUCAACAUCAUCAGCGAUGUAGUCAGUCUGGUCAUCUGCGUGCUGAUCAUUUGCAGUAAAUACUCCAACCUGCUCAAACGGGAGACCAUGAAAAUGAUCCUCCUGCGCAAAUUCCGCGUCCUGAUCCUCAUGGUGUUCCUGGUCGCGUGCUCCAUGCACAUCAUGAUAGACUUGUUACCCAAACUGGAGCGGCAGGGCAGCGGCGGCUGCUCCUGUGCGCACACGCCGAGCGAGGAGCCUCAGAACUGGGGGAAGCAGGGCUGGCCUAACAAGCACACUCUGCGUAUCCUGCAGGACUUUAGCAACGAGCCCAGCUCCAACGUGUCCUCCCACUCCCUGGAGAGGGUCCCGCUGGCUGUAGACAAAGCUCUGGAGAGGCUGGAGCAUCCACGCGCGGACAGAAAGAGCGGGUUCAAGCAGAAGGCAGCAGUGGCCAAAAACGCACUGGCCAAGGGGUCAAGGUUGUUGGCUCUCUUUGAGCAUCCCUUAUACAAGAGAUCCCCUCCACCUUUGAUGGAGGAGGACACGCUCUUUAAUGUGAACCAGGACAUCAGGUUUGACCCCAAAGCAGCAGAGGAUCACUCAUGGGCUGGAGAGAGCAACCUGGAUGAGUUUAGCCCAGCAGGAGAGUUGACAGCAGAGUCCUAUCCUAACUGGCUCCGCUUCCACAUUGGGAUUAAUCGAUAUGAGCUCUACUCCAGACACAACCCGGUCAUCGAUGCUCUCCUGAAGGACCUGGUGACGCAGAGGAUCACCAGCGUGGCAAUGAAGUCUGGAGGCACUCAGCUGAAGCUCAUCAUGACCUUCCAAAACUAUGGCCAGGCUCUGUUCAAACCCAUGAAGCAAACCCGCGAGCAGGAAACCCCGCCGGAUUUCUUCUACUUCUCUGACUUUGAAAGACACAACGCUGAGAUUGCAGCCUUUCAUCUGGACAAGAUCCUGGACUUCCGGCGCGUUCCCCCCGUCGCUGGCAGGCUGGUCAACAUGACCAAAGAGAUCCGGGACGUGACGCGGGACAAAAAGCUGUGGAGGACCUUCUUCAUCUCCCCAGCCAACAACGUGUGUUUCUACGGAGAGUGCUCGUACUACUGCUCCACUGAGCACGCUCUGUGCGGCAAGCCGGACCAGAUAGAGGGCUCCCUGGCCGCCUUCCUCCCAGACCUGGCCCUGGCUAAGAGGAAGACCUGGAGGAACCCGUGGAGACGCUCCUACCACAAACGCAAGAAAGCAGAGUGGGAGGUGGACCCAGACUACUGCGAGGAGGUCAAACAAACCCCCCCGUAUGACAGUGGCACGCGGCUGCUGGACGUCAUGGACAUGACCAUCUUUGACUUCCUUAUGGGAAACAUGGACCGACACCAUUAUGAGACCUUUGAAAAGUUUGGAAACGAGACUUUCAUCAUCCACCUGGAUAACGGCAGAGGGUUUGGAAAGCAUUCCCACGAUGAGAUGUCCAUUCUGGUGCCGCUGACGCAGUGCUGCAGGGUGAGGAAGUCGACCCACAUACGGCUGCAGCUGCUGGCGAAGGAAGAGUACAAACUGUCCACGCUCAUGGCCGAAUCCCUGACGAGGGACCGCCUCACGCCCAUCCUCAUCCAGCCUCACCUGGACGCCAUGGACCGACGGCUGCGUCUGGUGUUAAACGCUCUGUCGGACUGCAUCGGAAAGGAGGGCUACAGCUUUGUGGUGGAGGACGACCUCCUGGGAGACCAAGGCUCGGAACGUUACCAUAUCGGACCGAGACGGAGGUAGCUGCCUGCGCUGGUGGCCAGAUUGGACGGACUCCCCGGAGAUUUGACUUUCCUCUGAGCCGAUCCGGUCCGUUUGUCGAACUUUUUCCACUGAGUUCUGCAUCUGUGGAGGACCUGCUGGACUUUGAGAGGCUGCAAAGCUGCGGGAACUUCCUGCCACAAAAACGUCACCGUAGACUCCUUAAUAAAAAAAAAAGAAAAAACAUCCCACCCUGAUGUAGAGUAGGACAGCAUCACCGCCCCCGUUUGUCCACUGCAGCAGCCAGACCACAUUCGUCUUGCAGAAGACAGCUUCCUGUCUGCUUCAGGACCCCCCCCAUUUUUGAAUUCAGUGAAUUCUGAGGGCCUUGAAAAGCGUCCCCUCCCUCUUCCGCAGCUAAACAUUGUGUUUCUAACCCUCUUCACCAAUGCAAGUUUUCUUACGAACCCUUCAGGACGGAGGAGCGGGACGAGGAGCGCGUUUUAAUGCUUUUUAGAACUUUGUUUCUGCUGUCUAGAAAACCUUGAGAUGCCCAAUUUGGAGUGCAGGCUUACUCCUGUCAUCAUUUUAUCCCCAGAGCUGUUACAUGUCUUUGAGAGUAUUUAUUUAAAGAAAAAAGAAUCAUAUUUAUUGUUUGAAAUUAAGUGCUAAAAUUGACCAAAACUGCUGCAGCAAACGAAUCUGUUCAAAUCGCAGAGGCGCACUUCCUCAUUUUGCCCAGGAGAGGGCAGACUUGCAUGUGUACAACCAUCCACCAUGGCUCUCCACCUCUGUUUGCAGCUUUCAUGCUGUCUCCAGCCCCUUUUUUAUGCUUCAAAAAGUCAAACGUGACACUUUUGAUGAUUUGUGAUAUAUAUUUGAUGUCCAAAUGUUGCUGUUGUGGAAGGAUUCUUCUCCAGGAUGUAUAUUUCCUUCAACGCCAACUGCGGAUACCUUUUCUGUUGGUGUCAGCGACUCUGUCACUGACUGAAAGUUAAUAUAUACAGUAGGAAAAUCUAGUGCCUGUGCAAUGAUAGAAAUACUUGAAUGUCUGGUUUCUUAGCCGAUAAGGGUACGAGCAAUAGAGAAGAUGCAGAGGUCCUCAUGUGUGGAUGUGCUGACUCCACCCGUCUCCAAGUUUCCCUCGUCCUGUCUGCGUGCGUGGAGGUAUGGGCGGAGCCACAGAUGGAUGUCCUAAAGUCAAUCUGCUUCUUUUUUUUUUUUUUAAUUUGACCCAUUUGUUUCUGUGUUUUUAUUUUGAUUUGUUUAAUUUUUUUUCAUUUCUUUGCAUCAUGGUAAAAGUGCAAUAAAUCGAAAUGAGCAUUGA